UACAAACAUGAUAUAAAAACAUAAAAAAUUAUUAGUCGCAUUCUGAACACUGAGAAGGUAAUAAGCACACAAAAAACGAGUAAAAUUGAAAGUAUUGUGAAUUGAAAAUCGAGAAAAAAUGUAAUAAGUUGCGGUUAAUUGUCGAUUAAACCAACGUUAUGACCAAAGAAGUAUUAUCGUAAUAAAUAAAAAAAUAACAAACAAUCGAUUCCGUACCUGAAAUUGAUCCAGAGUGAUAAAAAAUAUUAACUUCAUUCCGCAUAAAAACACAAAAAAGUGAAAAAAAUGACGACAAGACAUUUCCUUAACAAAAAAUUCCUUAAUUUUUUAAUUAUAAGUUGUGUGAUUAUUUCGAGUAAUUUAGUUUUAAACGUUGCAUGUGAUAAAAAUAAUAAUGAUACCCAAAGAAAUAGAGAGCGCUUACUUCACAGUUACCACAAUAUCGUGAUACGAAAUACGGCGAACAGCAGUACAAACGGGAUUUUACCCUAUUUGGGAUUGUACAGGACAAUUUAUCAUGUAGAGGGUGACGAGCUGAUUCCCGUGGAUGAUUGUGUGCCUCCUUCGGCAAUAAGUGACUUUCCGGGAACGAUUUUUCCGGAGGAUAUGCUUUUAAAGGGAGCUGUGAUAUUUCAUAUUGUUGCUGCUAUUUACUUCUUGUCAGUAUUAGCUAUCGUUUGUGGACAUUAUUUCAUUCCUUCCGUCGAAUGUAUUUGCGAGGAUUUGCAUUUAUCAACUGACGUUGCUGCAGCAACUUUCAUGGCAACAGCAACUACCAUGCCCGAGUUCUUUACCAACACAAUAAGUACUUUUGUGACAGAUUCUGAUCUGGGUAUUGGAGCGAUCAUUGGCAGUAUGUUAUUCAAUACGCUCGGAACAGCUGCAUGCGCUGCUCUUGCUGCUAACAAACCAAUUCCCAUCGAUUGGUGGCCCUUAUCACGCGAUUCGUUGCUCUUCUCCAUUAACGUGUCACUUUUGGUUGCUUUUGCCUUUGAUGGCGUGAUUUGGUGGUAUGAAUCGAUGACGUUCGUUAUCUUGUACAUUCUGUACUUUUGUAUCAUGUUCCAAAAUGUGCGAAUUUCCAAAUACGUAAGACCGUUUCUCGAACGGAAUUUGUUCUGUUUCAAGAAGAAGAAAGUUUACGAUCUUGACAAUGGCACGAAAGAUGUUGAAAAUGGCAAUAUCCCGAAUGGCAAGCAUCAUGUAGCAAAUGGUACUAAUGGAUAUGUGAACAAUUCGUAUGUAACGACGGAAGAAAAACUUGAAAAUACGACGCCUGAGUCGACUGAUGUUCCUUUUCACGGGCAUAUGCCGAUAAUUGCUCCUCACAUCAUCGAAGACGAAAUUGACGAACCAAUGUCCUUAUGGAAGCUUCCCGAAGAUUCGAGCGUAUUAAUGAAAAUUUGGUGGUUUUAUACUUGGCCAAUACGAAUAAUUUGCACUUGUUUGAUCCCAAAUCCAAAAACUUACAGAAAAUUGUAUCCAUUGACGUUUAUCAUGUGUAUGUUUGUUUUGGCGGUAAAUUCGUACAUGGUUGUUUGGAUGGUUACCGUAAUUGGAUAUACUUUUGCAAUUCCUGAAGCUGUCAUGGGAUUAACGUUUCUUGCUGCGGGCGGUUGUUUACCUGAAGCUUUUUCAGCGAUAAUUAUGGCGCGAAAAGGCGAUGGAGCUUUGGGAAUUUCCAAUUCUUUAGGUUCAAGUUCUCUCAAUAUACUUUUCUCGCUCGGAUUUCCAUGGUUCCUUCGUUCAAUGGUUGAUUUUGCAUCCGGCGUUACGCCUCUCGUCAAUAUCUACAACAAUGGCAUGGAAUUUACGAUAAUGAUUCUCCUGUUGGCGAUCUUGUCACUUUAUUUGAUCAUCUCGUGCUCAGGUUAUCGGUUAACUCGCACAAUUGGCGGCUCAUUGCUCUGCGUUUACAUAAUUUUCGUCACAAUAGGUAUACUUAUGAACAUGGGGAUGCUUUUUUCCUUUGUCGGGGGUAAAAUUGAAGGCACUUGUUAAUGAUAAAAAUUUUCAUCUCUCUCGAAAAAAAUACUCAUGUCUGUCUGUCUUUUCUUCUUAUUUCUAUUUUUUUGACUUUUCUCUUCAAAAUUUUUUUUAAUUUUACUUUUCAUCUCUUUUCACAGCAUCUCUCAUACAAUUGUUAAUUUUCAUAACUCCUCAUUCGGUUUGUCCGAUUUGAAUGACAUUUUUCAUCUCAUCCAUCAUAAUGUUCCUUAAAAAAGAAAAUUGUUACAAAUUUAAGCAAUAAAAUAGUGA